UUUUUUUACUCUUUUCCUUUAAACUAUGCUCCAUUGUUUACCAUUCACAAAAAUAAUAAUAUAAAAUAUGGAUUUAAAUUGGCAAUAAGUGGUUUAGCGAAUUACAUGAGGUUUUCAUUUAAACUUCCUUUGAUUUAUGUGUUGUAAACAAAAUGUCUUCGAGUUCCGCUGAAGAUAUUCCCGAGCAGUGUAAAGAUCUGUUUACACAGGAUGGAGUAUUGCUUAAGUCAUGUAUUGGCCGUUCAAUUAAUGAGCUGAACUCUAUUGGCAUGCUCUGUAUAGUGCAGAUUGCUGAUAGUACUAAAUACAUAGAAUGGAGACCAAAUGAUUUGAUCACAAUUGACUCCGACACACAGGAUCAGGAGUGGGCAGUUGUUAAUACUAUUGGUCGUCGUCAACGAACUCUAAGUGGAAAUAUGACAUCGGAUUAUGCAACCCUAAGAGCGCGAAUAAUAAAAAUACCAUUGAGCGAACUAAAAACAUUCCGUGUCUCUAGAAACAAUCAGCAGAUGCAAUUCUCCACCAAACCUGGUACCUGGCAGAUGUCCUUUUAUUUCCAACAUGGGAACGCAGAAAUCUUUGUAGCAUACCUAAAGAAUCACGUCAAAACAGCAAAAGCGAGAAAUGAUAAAAAUACAUACAUAGUUGUGGAACCAAACAGAGAAACACAGGUUUUGAACAAGUCUUUUGCGGAACUAGAAAUAUUUACUGAGAAUCCUACUGAUGUUGUUUGGAGUUUGGUAUCAAAUUUGAGACAAAGACCUUAUGAAACUACUAUGGAGGCUUUUUCAAAACUUACUGAUAUUGUGUAUUACGGUAAUGAGGCUUUGAAUGGCAAACGAGAUGUGUCAGAAGAAGUAGCUGAUCUAUUGACAAAGAGUAUGAGUGCAAUGGAGGAUAGUACAGCGGUCACUAGGAGUGAUGAAUACGAAGUCAUCAGUGUUAAACCCACUCUACCACCAAGACCUUGUAUUCCCAGAGGCACACCAUUAUCAACGGAGAAAUGGGAUGGCUUACAAGACACUGAUGGUCGAGUGACAGAAGUGGAGGGAGUCAAACAACUUAUAUUUAGAGGGGGUGUAGCACAUUCCAUACGUCAUUCAGUGUGGAAAUAUUUAUUAGAUUAUUAUCCAUGGACAAUGACUCAUUCGGAGAUAAAAAAUCUACAAAGACGUAAGACGGAGGAAUAUUUCUCUAUGAAGUUACAAUGGAGGUCAAUGACCGAAGGACAGGAGUCGAGGUUCUCAGAGUACAGAGAGAGGAAGAGUUUAGUUGAGAAAGAUGUUAAUAGAACGGAUCGAACCCAUCCAUUUUAUGCCGGAGAGAAUAAUCCAAAUUUAAUUGUGCUUCAAGAUAUUUUAAUGACAUAUGUGAUGUACAAUUUUGAUUUAGGUUAUGUACAAGGAAUGAGCGAUAUUUUGGCGCCAUUAUUAUUAUUAUUAGGCAAUGAAGUGGAUAGCUUUUGGUGUUUUGCCGGUUUCAUGGAGAAGAUUGCGCCUAACUUCGAUAUGGAUCAGGCGGGUAUGAAACAGCAGCUGUUGCACCUCCAGCAGCUGCUGACGUUUGCCAGCCCCGAGCUGGCUCAGCAUCUCGCACAGAAAGACUCUGGCAAUAUGUAUUUCUGCUUCCGAUGGCUACUUGUUUGGUUCAAACGGGAGUUCUCGCAUAGAGAUAUCAUGAGGCUGUGGGAAGUGCUCUGGACGGGGUUGCCAUGCGCUAAUUUCCAUUUAUUGAUAUGUGUUGCCAUUCUCGAUACAGAGAAAGAUAUUUUAAUAGGCAAGGAUUAUGGAUUUACUGAAGUUUUAAAACAUGUCAAUGACUUGUCAAUGAGGUUGGACGUUGACAAAAUUCUGAGCACAGCGGAAGGCAUUUACCAUCAAAUAGUAUCAGCACCUCACUUAACAGACCAGAUCCGAGUCAUACUAGGUCUUCCUACCAUCGGAAGGUCAUAUACAGAAGACAGUCACUCUGAAACAGAAGAAAAAGAAGCUAGUCCGAAAGCAGAAUGUUCUAGAACGAAAGAAACUUCUAGAAGUAACGCUACCACAAAUGGUAAUGGCACAGACCAACGUGUUCUCUUUACACCGGAAGCAGAUGAAGUUACACUCGAAUAUAAUGGAAUGCAAAUAUCUAUUGUAACAAAAACUGUGUGGGCUUUACUGGCCUAGUACAAGUGUAAAUGUUUGUAUAUAACAUUAUAUACAAUACAAAGCUUGAUAUAAACUACAGAGUGAUAUUUUUUCUAAUUUUCUA